AGAAGAAAAGAAGAGCAUAGGGCAAAAUGGAAGGCAAUGAUGUGGAUGUAAUGUUGUCUGGUAGUAAUAACUCAGUGGGAGUGAGUGAGUGUUGCAACUCACACUGUUACCUCUUCCUUCUCUCUCUCACCCGUUCUUCCUCAAUUCAUUCUCAUUUCUUCUCCCAACACACCAAAAACUAGUUUGUUGAAUGUAUCACUGCACCUACACAUUGUAACCCAAAUCCCCUACUUCAAUUUUCUCAUUGUUUCAGCUUCUGAUACCUGGUACUGUGCUCAAAGCUGUUGCCUUUUUUCUGUUCUGUUUUGUUCUGUCCUACCUUUCAACUAGAGAAGAGUAGCUACCCAGCACCCACUUUAGUGGGUUUCUAACAAAAUCAGUUUGAUAGCUAAGGCUUUGCUGGGCAGCAACAUUGGGCUGAGCUUGGUGCUGAGGUUGUGCUGGAUGUGAUGACGCUUGAAACAUGGCUUGCGAGUGUUUUGUUGCUAACUAUUGCUAUGCUUACCACCACAUCAGGUGCAUACGUGGGGGUAAACAUUGGCACUGAUGUUUCUGAUUUGCCAUCUGCUUCGAAUAUAGUUGACAUUCUACGGGGUAAUCAAAUUACUCAUGUGCGUUUGUAUGAUGCUAAUGUGCACUUACUACAAGCACUUUCAAACACAAGUAUUGAAGUAAUUGUUGGUGUCACAGAUGAAGAGAUACUAGGCAUUGGAGAAUCUGCAUCAGUUGCUGCAGCUUGGAUUAGUAAGAAUGUGGCUGCAUACAUGCCAUUUACUAACAUCACAGCAAUAUCAGUAGGUAGUGAGGUUCUCACCUUAGUCCCAAAAGUUGCACCUGUUCUUGUUCCUGCCAUGAACCAUCUGCACAAAGCACUUGUUGCUUCAAACCUUAACUUUAGGGUUAAGAUUUCAACGCCACAGUCCAUGGAUAUAAUUUCCAGGCCUUUUCCUCCUUCCACGGCCACCUUUAACUCCUCAUGGAACUCCACAAUCUACCAGCUCCUUCAGUUUUUGCAGAACACAAAUUCAUCUUACAUGUUAAAUGCCUACCCUUAUUAUGGUUAUACUAAAGGAGAUGGUAUUUUCCCUAUUGAAUAUGCUCUCUUCCGUCCUCUCCCUUCAGUGAAGCAAAUUGUUGACCCGAACACUCUGUUUCAUUAUAACAGUAUGUUUGAUGCUAUGGUGGAUGCUACCUACUACUCUAUAGAAGCUUUAAAUUUCAAGAAUAUACCCAUUAUUGUCACAGAGACUGGCUGGCCAUCAUUUGGCGGAGCCAAUGAACCAGAUGCUACUGAAGAAAAUGCUGAACUCUACAUUAAUAACAUGAUUCAGCGGGUCAUGAAUGAUUCAGGUCCUCCUAGUCAGCCAAACAUAGCCAUCAAUACAUACAUAUAUGAAUUGUUUAAUGAAGACAAGGUGGAUGGGCCCGUGUCAGAAAAAAAUUGGGGCAUCUUUUAUACCAAUGGGAGUACUGUUUUUCCUUUGAGUUUUGGUGCUUCUGACCAGAUUACUGCUGGAAAUUCUUCAGGAGUUUUUUGUGUGGCUAAAGACGGUGCAGACACUGAUAAGCUGCAAUCUGGCCUGAGCUGGGCUUGUGGACAAGGAGGAGCUAAUUGUGCUGCAAUUCAACAGGGGCAGCCAUGCUAUCUCCCCAAUAAUGUGAAAAGUCAUGCAUCUUAUGCUUACAAUGAUUAUUAUCAGAAAAAGCAUAGUAGUGGUGGAACUUGCGACUUUGACGGUACUGCUACAAUUACUUCCAAGGAUCCUAGUUCUUCAUCCUGUAUAUUUACUGGAAGUUCAAACUCGAGCACUGGUGGAUUGAGUAUACCUCCAACAGCACUAGGGCCAUCAGGCCCCUUUGGUGGAAGUGUGAACCUGCAAGUGUGUAGUCUUAAGUAUUUGAUAUCUGCAAUUGCUGUAUUUUUGGCUCUAUGAAUGCUCAUUUAAUGGUUCGUGUAAUGUGUUCAUCAUCGAUUUUGUUUUUCUUUUGUCCAUUUUAUUCUUCAGAUGUGUCCCAUCUAGUGCAUUUGGGAUCAUUGUAAUUCAUCACUCUUAAGAUAGGUAGUUAUUAAAUCUAGUUUUUAUUUUUAUUUUAUUUUUU